AUGGGCAAGAGAUGGGUUAUGGAGAUGAGCCCCCAAGAAGCACGUAGAUUCAAGCUCCGACGCCACAACAGCAGGCCCAAGACGCGUCUGGACAAUCUCCCCGAGGAUGUGAUACAAAAGAUACUAUCGCGCUUGCCUCUAAAGGAGGUGGUGCAGAUAAGCACACUGUCGAGUGGGUGGAGACAUGUCUGGAGGUACCACCCAGAUCUAAUCUUCAGUGUUGAAAAAUUGUUUGAUGGCAAGGACAAGGGGGACCAAGAAUUUGUUACUAGUGUCAAUGAUAUCCUGAAGGAUCACUACUGUACUGCUGUGAACAAGUUUAAGGUGAAUUAUGGACUCUCUGAAGAACACGGUGAUGAUCUUGAUGGAUGGCUCAGUUUUGCUGUUCUAUCGAAGGCAAAGAACGUUGUUCUUGAUCUACGCCCUCCACCCAAAUGCCCGGACGAUGUCUACAACUUCCCUCUGCAUCUUUUUGAUGAUCGAAACAGCUCAUGUGUGCUGUCUCUCCGACUUGUCUUAGUGUGCCUAAGGCCAGCUCUGAAUUUCUGUGGCUUUGCAAACCUUCGAUCACUCAAAUUGCAUAGGGUUUAUGUAUCGAAGGGCCUCCAUUGCAUGCUCCCACACUGUGCUGUCCUUGAGUGGUUAAGUCUAACAGACUGUUUCAUGCCUUCCUUCACCAUGUCUGAGCCACUAGACCACCUGCAGUAUGCUUGUAUUCAGAAUUGCAGCCUACAAAGCAUGGAACUGCAUGCACCAAAUCUCACAGUAUUCAAUUAUUCAGAGCAGGAUGUGCCGAUUGUGCUUGGCAAAUUCCACAAGCUGACAAAGGCAAAAAUUGAAGUAUUAUCAGAUUCUGACAAUCUAGACUACACUUUUAGUCAUCUUGUUCGGGCUAUGUCUAAUGUGGAGGAAAUCUCCCUUAGAAUUCAUAUCGAAAAUGAGGCACGACAGUUCAUGACAGACAGCCGGUGUGAUUUUAUUAAUCUGAGGCAUCUCAGUAUAGAGGUUUUGGUGGACGGAGAUCCAGGUUGUUCAAGUGGGAUUCUUCGUUUGGCUUCUCUAUUGGAACUAACUCCCUCUCUUGAAGUGUUCAAUUUGCAUCAACUUUUUAGUCUCGUAGCCCUCCCUGGCAGUGGAUCGAGGGCGCCCGUGCGCGUCGUCGAGAAGGCGAUGCAGCGGGUCGAUAGCCAAUAUGGACAGGAUGGGCGACAGGGGUGUGAUGCUAAAAAUAAGAAAGAUUUCAAAGUCUAG